GUUGUGGCAGAGAGAGGUGUCCGCGCCCGGUCUCCCUCGCUCGUCUAUGGCGGGGAGCUCUCAGUUACCUCCACGCAGCGGAGGAGAGUGCCACGGUUACGCUCCACGCCCGCUCCCACACCAGCCACCGGGGACUUGUCUUUCCAUUCACCACUACUUGCCAGUGAUGGAUUGCUUGUCUAUACUGUGUCACUUGAAUGAAUCCGGAUCCAGAAGUCGGGAGGAUAAAAGCGAGUUUGUGGAGUGAGACACUUUGAAAGACCAGUGGUGGAUACAAAGAGGUAUAAGCCUAGAAAGAUAAUACCACACCUUUCUUAAGCAAGUGCUUCCUUCCUUCACUAUUUGGAAUAACUGUGAAGGUGGAUUGUGGACAAUAAAGUGCCAAAGUGACACUGACGAGUGAGACACGUGGAAAGUACCAAGCCGUGUGUGUUCCCGUCUUCAGUGGUGUCGUGUACCGAAAUAAUAAGGUCAUGAUGUUGGUGUGUCCUGGUUGUCACAUCGGGAUGGCCGCCACCCCAGCCCUGCCGGCGGCUCACUGCCUACCUACGGCCCACCUCGCGCCGGCGGGGGUGCAGCCGCCUUACGUGUGUGGUCGGAUGUUCCAGAUGGGCGGGGCUGCCGGAGUACGGCCGUGUUUGCCGGUGCCCCACGACGCCUGUCAUGUGUUGUGCUGUCUGUCCUGCCCUCACUCCUGCUCUGUUCUGCGUCUCUGCAACGUCCCUGAGGCGCGCAACAAUCUCCAUACCUCAGGCGGCGGCUUGGUGGAGGGGCUGACGGAUGGCGGAAGAAGCACUUCUCCUGAUACCAAGAUCAACCACAUGGCAAGCCACAACCCCUUCAUACCCUGCCAGGCUGCCCUGCCAACUGCCAAGGCGUGCCCUGCCAGCCUGUUGCUACCGAGUCCUACCCACUCACAGCAGCAGUUGGCCGCGUCUGUUAAUCCCUUCGUCGGAAGCACUCCUGCUGCUGUACCGCCAACUAAAGCUGCUCCGAAGGUCACUCUCACGCCUCCUGAGCCAGACAGCGUCAAUGACAGCCAGAUCCUGACGGAAACGAGACGGAAGCUGGAGGAGAGUGGGUGGUACCAUGGCUCCCUCUCGUGGCGGCAAGCGGCGGCACUUCUGCGGGACACACCCGUUGGCACCUUUCUGCUGAGGGAUUCUGCCAGUCCGCAGUGCCUCUACUCCCUCAGCGUGAACACCACCAACGGGCCCACGAGCGUCAGGAUCCACUAUUCAUGCGGCAGAUUCAGGCUGGACUGCACCGGCCACAGCCAAAGACACACGCCUGAGUUCACGGGCGUGGUGGAGCUGGUGCAGCACUACGUGGACGUAGCAUCCACGCAGGUGUGGGUGGACCACGAGGGAAACACCUUCAGUCCCAUCGACAUCAGGCGGCCGCUGCGACGCUCACCUUCAUCCCUGCAACACCUGUGCCGUCUGGUCAUCAAUUCCAGUGACGGCAGCGGCAAGAACAGCAGCAGUGACCUGCCUCCAGCCCUGCGUGGCUUCCUGAAGGCUUACCCGCACACGGUCUGACCCGGGCAGCAUCACACACCCAGUGGACUUAUUUUGGAAGAUGUCUGCAUCUCCUCCCGACCACCUGGCUGUCAACCUCGCGGUCACAGUUCCACGUCCAGCGACUGGGAUGUGGGAUGAGCUAUGCCCGGCCAGGGCGUCUUCAGAGAGCGGUAGAGGCCAACGCACAAACUUAACUGCGAGCUGCUGCUGAGGGUGCCAAACGUCUCAAAGUGCAUCUGUGAUUAUCUCAACACAUGGUAGCUACUCUAGGACCAACAACACUUUACGUUCCCUUUCAUAACGUGUCCACUCCCCGCCCCGCUCCGCCCCAGCCCUCCCUGCCCCGCUCCGCCCCAGCCCUCCCU